AUGCGGUUGUCUUGGGCCUGGAGGGUGGUGUCGCCCUUGGUGGACAAUCAUCUCGCGGCAGAGGGUGGAGACCCCGAGGCUGCAGAUAGCGACAAUCGUCUGCAAAGCUCCCUAGAAACAGCGCAAGAAAACCCGUCGGCAGCUAUGAACCCAACCGCCGACGAAGCAAGCGUGCCCGAUGGCUUAGAUGAAAUGCUCGCAGAACCGUUUCUACAAUUCUCCGCGGACGAGUUCGACAUGCUGUUCGAACCUCUUCAAUCGACGUCCCCUUUCGACCCCUCUUCUGUACCUCAAAGGGCUCUCCGCGCCUUCUCUGCCCUUCCAUACGAUUCGUCCUUAUCCGCACCAGGUGUCAAUCCUCUUUGCCCUGUUGAAUCCCUUCUCCCGAGCUCCAGCCAGCCCGAUAGCCGGACCACAUAA